ACAUCUGAAAAUAAGUUAUGUCUGGCAGUAAGCUAGCGUUAAUCUUGAUUGAAACAACCGUACUUGAAGCCAUAUCAUAUUCAAUGCUUAGUGCCCAGUGCAGUGGAGAGGCGCACUAAUGUGGUUGAUUUCGAAAGGAAUGAAAAAUCUCUCUAACCCUUUAUUAACUGAAAAGAGAAUUCUGGUCCUCGGCCAACUGCGUGCUAGUUAUCCACCGGUAUAUUAAAAUCAACGGCUUCGAAGCGAAUAUAAACAAGCAUUUUACUCUCUGUUUUCAUCUCUCUAAGGAAAAUUGUUUGUUUAUUUUUCCACAUUUCUCCUCCGAGUGGUGUGUAGAGCGCGGAAAGCCAGAGAUUGCAACAUGCGCAUAGGGACACUAUUUAUGUCAUAUUUUUCAGCACCACCGUUCAACCGCGAGCAGACAUAUCGGAGUGUUCGAAAUAGUGAAUAAUUUCCGUUUUGUGUCGCGUUGAAGUGAUUUCACUCGAUCGGAAGGAAAAUUCGCAUGAUUGUUUCAUUGAUAAGCUGAAAAUGUGGACCUGUCGGACGUGCACGGUAUCCGUUUUGCGUGAAGAACACUGGGGCACCGUACAGCAGAGGCGGAUACAUCGGGCAGACUAGAUGAAGCAAGAUGCUACCGAAUAUCGAUUUUGUCCAAAGCAGAAAACUGACUCAAAGGUGUUUGCAAUAAAUUGUGGGGCGAAGGGCUGUAAACUAUUGCAUGCAAUUCAUUGAUUUGUCUUUAUUAGAGAGACUUUCAGCCCUUGGCUGGUUCGUCUCUCUUGCAUGCAAUUCAGCCUUUACCGAUCGUUGGACGUUGUUUAGUGUAAAAGUGUGAUCGUAAAGUUGAUAUUAGGUCUGACGACAAAAUGAUGGAAGCUACUGAAAACGGUGGUGGCAAUACAUCAUAUGAACCCUUGGAAGGACGACGGGCUUUCGAUACAACUGACAGCCCGGAGAUGGAGGGAGGUGGACCACCAAAGGACAGGAAAAAGCUAGUAUUUUUCGCUCUGAUGACGGCCGGCGUAGGGUUCGUGCUGCCAUAUAACAGUUUCAUCAUAGCGGCCGACUACUGGCAGUCUCGAUUUCCGGGUCAAUCCGUAGCGUUGGACAUGUCGAUGACGUACAUCAUAGUCGCAUUAGGAGCCGUACUACUCAAUAACGUGUUUUUAUCGUUGGCACCGUUUCGUGUACGAGUAGCGUUUGGAUAUGCUGUAUCAUUCACUACAUUGGUAUUCGUUGCACUUUGCGAAGUAGCAUGGCAUAUGUUUAGUGCCAAAACGGCGUACUCUGUCAACUUGGCUGCCGUUUCCUUGGUGGCCAUGGGAUGCACAAUACAGCAGUCUAGUUUCUACGGUUUUGCCAGUAUGCUACCGAAACAGUAUACUCAAGCUGUGAUGGCAGGAGAAAGUAUUGCAGGAUUUUUGGUAUCUUCCAAUCGCGUUGUUACAAAGCUUCUUAUCAAAAGCGAUCGAGCAUCAACGGCAAUAUUCUUCCUGACAUCAACAGUUUACAUAGCCUUCAGCUAUGUCCUACAUUCCAUCACAAGUCACUCUCCUUUUGUGCGAUACCACAUGAAGGCCUGUGCAAAAAUCGUACUUCGACCCGACGAUGAUCACACAUUGAGUGACACCAUAGAAAAUGAAAUGUCUAACGCCCGAUAUGGAGUGCUGGCCUUGGAAUCCAGCCCACCGGUCCAUAUUACUCCUGGCACAACUACGCUUAGCUUUAGUAAUCCCGUAUAUGAGUUGUCUAAUCCCAGUGGAGCUGAGAGCGUUCUGGAGACAAAUAUAAAUAACCUAACGUCUACCACAACUAGUGUGGCAACGAACAAUAACGCCACGAAUCGCCCAGUCACAUCUCCAACAUCGACUAGCGCAUCUCACGAUAUACCGAACGUUGCAUUCAAGGUAGAACAUGUGAUGACUCCUGACAUAUGCACUGCUGGUCGAUUUGGAAAUUUCAGAAGUGGUCUGGAGUCACGGUGGAAGGUUGCCCAUGCCAUCUACCCUUACAUGGCUUGUAUAGCAUUAGCAUACUGUGUGACACUGUCUCUGUAUCCAGGAAUAGAGUCAGAAAUAAUAUCUUGCAACCUUGGAACAUGGAUGCCAGUGUUGCUCAUGUUCACAUUUAACACAUCAGAUGUAGUGGGCAAAUUGUUGGCAGCAGUUCCAUACAGCUGGUCACGAAGACAGCUUAUACUGAUGUCUGGCUUGAGGGCGCUACUAGUGCCACUGAUAUUAUUGUGUUGUUCACCACGUGACCAACCUGUGAUUGCAGGCGAAGCAUCAGCGUUUGUAUUUACUGCCGCUCUCGGAGUUACCAAUGGGCUGGCAGGAAGCUUGCCAAUGAUGCUCGCUCCAGAUAAAGUGUCGGCCACAUUACGUGAAGUCACUGGCAACAUGAUGACUCUCUCUUAUAAUCUAGGUCUAACGGCUGGUUCGUUGGUAGGAUACGUCUUUGAAUCAAUGCUAGGCCCUCAACUCCCAAACCCUUGUCCGCAAUAUCCAUUUGUGCCACCUAAACCAAAUCAGCCACCUUUUACUAACCUGAGCAUCAGCAGUACUACAAGCACUACAACGCUAGCGACAGCCAUCAUUACUACACUAUCGUCAGCAAUAAUUCAGUCUAGCACAACAACUACGACUCCAGAGACAACCACCAGCAUAUCUCAUGCUAUAACGUCAACGGUAUCGCAACCUACCACAGUAUUAAACCAGUUGCCAACCAGUGUAGAAACCGAUACUAGUAACCCUUUCGAUACCAGCAAUUUAAUGACAAUAGCUGCUACUGUAAUGUAUAAUGCGACGCAGCCCAUCUUGGAAACAUCUACUGUACGUUAGAUUCUCAGAAAAAAAAUCGCAGUAAAACACUAGACAAUGCUUUCAAACAGUGAUGAGAGCUCUGUACUGAUAAAAGACAAACAAAUCCUAGAAGAGCUUUAAUCAAUUGACUUUAUAUUUGUUUUCCAGAAAUUUGUCGAGGUUUCCCACAAGACAAAUAAAAAAAAACUACGUACGCUAGAACAAAUAGCGCAAAAAUCGCAAUAUCAUCGUCCUAAAAAAUCACCUUUUCUGCUCUUUAUCAACUUGCCAUGUACAAAGGCAGGUCCAUUGUUAUUAUUUCUUGUAAUAUAGUACACCUAACUAUGUGAAGUGAGUAAAGUGAAUGUAUGCAAGAGGGUGCGAAGACUUUUGCAGUGUGGCGCUUAGUUUAAGUGUUGAAAACUGAUCCGGAGCGUCUGGAAACAUUUUAGGUAGAUCUUGAAUCAAUUGACUCAUGCAAAGGAUAAGAACAUAUUUAUAUGGCAACCAUGUCAUACCAAUCGGGCUCAAUAUCGCGGUUAGGUUACGCUCUCUAGAGACUAGAACAAGCAAACUAAUAAACAAAUAGCAUAUUUUAAUCUAAA